GCUCUUUUCCCGGUGCGGGUUUCAGCGUUUCUAGUUGCAGCUGGCACGUUGAUGGUCUGGGUGUUGCGGCCUCCACACCCGGAGUCCGGGCCCUCGCUAACUUGACAGUCCCCGCAUCCGCCAGCCCCGCCCGCGGGGAGCCCGGCCUGGUCGGAAGACGUUGUGCUGCUGCACUGGAUCCGCGUCUUUCCGGGACCGUCAGUCCAGUGGGUAGACUCACCACUGCCGCGGACCGUGUGGGCUUCACUGGGAUAGGAGACUGUUCUGAAGAAAUGAGCAGAAAAGCCCGACUGUUGAUCUUCACGGAGGAGCGUAAUCCUGCUGAAUCCCCGUUAUUUCAGCGUGCAGCGGAGGACUGGCUUUGCCACAGAGUGAAUGCCUUCUCCUGGGUGUGUGUCUGCAGUGCAGGGAGGGGCCAUGCUGUUUCGAAGCCCUGAAAGCCAUCGCCACGCUCAGGAGUGAGGGAGUGACUUUCAAGACGGAUCUUGGCUGAGAAAGAGAUCUGAAUCAAAGCUCUUUCCUCUCCACUGGGUGACUCAUAGGAAAACAAGAGGAUACAGUACCCAGAAUCCAGCUGUCACCUCCCAGAAAUUUAAACACUUCUCCAGUUCCUCAGACCCCUCAACUCACCCCAGAAGGCAAAAGAUUCAAUUUCUCCAUCAUAGUACAUGCAUACAACGGGCAGAGAGCAAAGCUUGGUAAUCACCUUGGCAUUACCUGUCUCUGUGAUGCUGAAGACAUUCUCAUCUCUGUGCAUUACAGAAGAGAUUCAGAUUUCCAGAGUUGGUAAGCUUUGGAAGAUGCUAGUGGAGCAUUCUGCACUAUGGAGACAUGUACGUGACACCUUACAGGCUUUGCCUGCUUAGUGCUUGGACUGCCAGUGAGCGAGGACCCAGAGAAAGACACCUGCAUCGGGGUUAUUGAAAAUGCAGCCACUGGAAUCAGUGACAUUUGAAGAUGUAGCUGUAGACUUCACCCAGGAAGAGUGGGCCCUACUGGACGCAUCCCAGCGAAAGCUGUUCAGAGAUGUGAUGCUGGAAAAUAUACGUCAUCUGGUCUCCCUGGGGUACCAACAUUGCCAGUCAGAUGUGAUUUUCCAGCUGGAGCAGGGAGAAGAGCUGUGGGCUGAAGGAAGCGGAGCUCUCCAAAGCCAGGGUCCAGGUGGGGAAAGUGCCCUUAAAGAACAAGACAUGAUAGCCCCACAGCGUAUCAGCAGCAAGGACACAUCUACGGUCACGCCAGAGCAGAAGUCUCCUUCGCCAGAGGAUCCCUUUGAAUGCAGUGACUUGGAAGAAGAUUUCACUCGCAGCUUCAUGGUGACUCGGCGUCUGUUGACUCCCACAGAAAAGACCCCCUGUGUCAGUAAACAGUGUCAAAAAUCCGUUAGUGAGUCGUACCUUAAUCAACACAAGCACCUUCACACUAGAGGUAAAUCAUGUGAGUGCCAUCUGUGUGGGAAAGCCUUUAGCAAUUGCUCCAGCCUGAGGAGACACGAGAUGACUCACACCGGAGAGAAGCCCUACGAAUGCCGUCUGUGUGGGAAUGCCUUCAUUCAAAGCUCUGACCUUAGAAAACACAAUCUGACUCACACUGGAGAGAAACCGUACGAGUGUCACCUGUGUGGGAAAGCCUUCAGCCAGUCCUCCAACCUCAGACAGCACGAGAGAACGCACACGGGGGAGCAACCGUACGAGUGCCACCUCUGUGGGAAAGCCUUCAGUAAAUGCUCUGCCCUCAGACGGCACGAGAGAACGCACACUGGGGAGAAACCGUACGAGUGCCACCUCUGUGGGAAAGCCUUCAGUCAGUGUUCUGCCCUGAGACGACACGAGGGCACCCACAACGGAGAGAAAAUAAGGAAUGCCUUCGGCAAAUGUCCUGACCUCACAUGACCCGCGUGGCACGACUGUCACGAAGGCGGGCACCACGUCCACCACAGCGGUUAACGCUGAAACGCGCCACAGGACUCGCACAUCGUUCGGUCUCAUUCGUCGGACUCACGCAAACUUCUCUGGGAGAAAUCCGCCGUGUGCCGUCCACGCGGCAAGACCUUCGGUCAGUGCUCCGACCAUAGGCGACAAGAGCGCACUCACUCUGUAAAUGCGAGGAAGGGACAGGUUUGCGGCCACGGCUCUGGGCCUCGGCACCUCCGCGCGGGAGAAGCCCAAGGUCGGUAAUCACCGUGCACGCCGCUCAGCGGGCACUGGGCCUGCGCCCAAGAAAGCUCAGUGAGGUCUGAGUAGACGCUGGCCCCAGGUGGAAGAGGAGAACGCCCUUGAGGAACACCAAAAAUCACACUGCGGUGAAGACUCACGGGAACCCCUUGGCUCACAGAGAAGCCCCGUGGCGCGUGUGAGGACACAGACCCUACAGAGCAGUGUCACCAGCAGAGGAGAAUCCAGUGGUCACUCACUUCUUAGCCAACGUUAAAGUUCUUACCCUAAGGACACAAGAGUCGUGAAACCAAAGUGGAGGUAACUUCAGCUAGAUUUCACAUCAGAAAACUAAGUCGGGGGACAAAAACCUCUAAAAGAGCCUUUUGACGUAGAAUUUAGCAAAUAUUUCAGGAUUUUGAGAAAAUGACUAUUCAUGGGGAAAAUGUGGCAUGUAAGUGCAAAAUAGUAGGGUGAUCCGGGAAUACUGAAUGCAGAAGUUUGCAAGAAAUUAAAUUUUUUCAAUAGAUUAUUACUUGUAAAUAUUUAAACAAUAAACCCUGUUGCUGAAAAAUCUAA